UUUCUGUGUUUCCCAGAUAUUCAAAUCAUUGGUCUCUAUAAAGAGGGUAGAACAUAACAGAACAGAACAGAACAGAGCAGAAAAGAUCAACGAAGCCAAGAUGUUCGUCGGUUGCUUCUGGCUUUGGAUUGGAACUGAAAAGGAGAGAUUUUUGUCUGUUACGUCGAUGUAAAUCGGAAGAUUCCGGAGAAAUUACAGUGGAUUGAGUAUUAACAGUUUGGAGUUUCGGGAGAUUCUCGACAGGUUUGGACUGGUGUUGAGCCCCAAGAUUAUUAGGAGUUAACAUUAUUGUAGAACCACUUCUACAAAGGAGAUCUGUAACAGUUUCGAUUCAGAAACUUCGGUUGUGGUAGUGUCUUGCAAUCGUGGCCUGUGGAGGUUCGGGGAGUGGAGAUUGUGGAUUCGUCUUCGUCCUAAAAAGAAUAGGAAACCCACUUAUCUUUUGCAGCUUUGAGAAUAGAAUUGGAGAGACUAGAGAUUCGAUCUGUUUCCACUGUAAAGCUGGAAGAUUCACCAUUGUAAGGCUUCCCAUAACUCUGUAUUUGUUUCAAGUUGAAAAUUCCUGAAUUUUUUUUGAACAUAGAGCUCGAUAUCGUUCGUAUUUCUGUGUUAUCGAGGCGUGGGGAAGUUUCUCGAACUCCCCGACUUCCCUGAAUUCAAAGUUUCUCUUCGGUGCACCUCAAGUGAUUACUGGCGGUUCGCUUAGCAGCUGAGCUUUAGCUGCACGCUGUGACUGAAAGCAAGGAUCUGUGGAGGCUGAUGUGCCUAGAUAUAAUUGUUUUUCAGUAAAGUUUUAUCCUGUUAUGUGUUUCCCCUCAAAGAGGCAGUUUGUGGUAUCGAUUCCUGGGUUCACUGUGGUGACGGUUUCAUAGAUACCAGCGCUGUGCUUUAUAUGGAUUUUUUUCUCGUCUGAUAUUCGGAUUCACGGCCAGUGAAACGGUUGGGGCUUGUUUUUCUUCUCAAAAGGUUAUUCUGUAGUGGUUAGGAGCAAUAAACUGCAGGAAAGAUGAGGGGUGCUGUGCUUGUAGCUAUAGCUGCUACAAUGGGGAAUUUGAUGCAGGGAUGGGAUAAUGCAACAAUUGCUGGGGCGAUUCUUUACAUAAAGGAGGAAUUUGAUUUGGAAAGCGAUGCAACACUGGAAGGGCUUAUUGUGGCUAUGUCACUUAUUGGUGCUACAGUUAUUACAACAUUCUCUGGAGCCGUAUCAGAUAUGGUUGGGCGGCGCCCAAUGCUGAUAGUCUCAUCACUUCUCUAUUUUGUUAGUGGUCUGGUAAUGCUUUGGUCUCCAAAUGUUUAUAUCCUUCUAUUGGCAAGACUUUUGGAUGGAUUUGGAAUUGGUCUCGCAGUCACUCUUGUUCCUAUCUAUAUAUCUGAGACAGCCCCACCUGAAAUAAGGGGAUUGUUAAAUACCCUUCCACAGUUCACUGGUUCUGCUGGGAUGUUUCUGGCCUAUUGUAUGGUUUUUGGGAUGUCACUGAUGGAAUCUCCAAGCUGGAGGUUGAUGCUUGGGGUUCUUUCUAUUCCUUCUCUUGCUUAUUUCGCUUUGACAGUAUUUUUCUUGCCUGAAUCUCCACGGUGGCUUGUGAGUAAAGGGCGGAUGGUUGAGGCUAAACGCGUAUUGCAGAGGUUACGUGGAUGGGAAGAUGUCUCAGGUGAGAUGGCUUUGCUGGUUGAAGGCCUUGGAGUUGGAGGCGAAACUUCAAUAGAAGAGUAUAUAAUAGGCCCAGCCGAUGACCUAACUGAUGAACAUGACCCAACAGCUCAGAAGGACCAUAUCAAGUUAUAUGGGCCUGAAGAAGGCCUUUCUUGGGUUGCUAGACCCGUCACUGGGCGACAGAGUACUCUUGGUCUUGUGUCCCGUCAUGGGAGCAUGGAGAACCAGGGUGUACCCCUUAUGGACCCUCUGGUCACUCUCUUUGGCAGUGUCCAUGAGAAUUUACCUGAGACGGGAAGCAUGCGAAGCAUGCUCUUUCCAAACUUCGGCAGUAUGUUGAGUGAGGCAGAGCAGCAUGAUAGAAAUGAACAGUGGGAUGAGGAGAGCCAGCAUAGAGAGGGUGAUGACUAUGCGUCUGAUGCUGGCGGUGUUGAUUCUGAUGAGAGUUUGCAUACCCCAUUGAUCUCACGCCAGACAACUAGCAUGGAAGGUAAGGACUUCGCACCACCUCCUGCAUCCCAUGGUAGCAUUAUGAGCAUGAGACGCCACAGUAGUCUCAUGCAGGGAAAUGCGGAGGCAGGCAGCAGUAUGGGCAUUGGUGGUGGUUGGCAGUUGGCAUGGAAAUGGUCUGAGAGAGAAGGUGAAGAUGGAAAGAAGGAAGGGGGAUUCAAGAGAAUUUAUUUACACCAGGAAGGUGUCCCUGGGUCCCGGCGUGGAUCUCUUGUUUCACUUCCUGGUGCCGAUAUUCCUGAAGGUGGUGAAUACAUUCAGGCUGCUGCUCUAGUAAGCCAGCCCGCUCUGUACUCUAAGGAGCUUAUAGGGCAGCAUCCAGUUGGACCUGCCAUGGUUCACCCAUCUGAAACUGCUGCAAAAGGGCCAAGGUGGGGUGAUCUUUUUGAGCCGGGAGUCAAGCAUGCGUUAUUUGUUGGGGUAGGGAUUCAAAUACUUCAACAGUUUUCAGGCAUAAAUGGGGUUCUGUACUACACCCCUCAGAUUCUUGAGGAGGCUGGUGUUGAAGUUAUACUUUCAGACUUGGGCCUAAGUUCAACCUCUGCAUCUUUACUAAUUAGUGCUUUCACAACUCUCUUGAUGCUUCCAUGUAUAGCUGUUGCCAUGAGGCUUAUUGAUAUGACUGGAAGAAGGACGCUGCUACUGUCUACGAUUCCUAUCUUGAUAGUGGCGCUCGCCGUUCUUGUCAUUGGUAAUCUUGUGAACUUGGGUACCAUCGUCCACGCUGUAAUUUCAACUGUCUGCGUUAUUCUCUACUUCUGCUGCUUUGUCACGGGAUUUGGUCCAAUUCCCAACACCCUCUGCUCAGAGAUCUUCCCCACCCGAGUCCGUGGACUCUGCAUUGCCAUCUGUGCGCUUACAUUUUGGAUUUGUGACAUCAUUGUUACCUACACACUCCCAGUCAUGCUCACCUCCAUUGGGCUUGCAGGCAUAUUUGGUAUCUAUGCUGUUGUAUGCUGUAUCUCAUGGGUAUUUGUCUUCUUGAAAGUUCCGGAAACCAAGGGCAUGCCCCUUGAGGUUAUCACAGAAUUCUUUGCUGUUGGUGCAAAACAGGCUGCAGCCAAGAAUGAGUAGUUUAAUAGUCAAGGAAAUUGGGAAGCUUAAUUGGUACCAGUUUUUGGCAUUCUGAGCUGCUGAAGUUGCUAUUACUGCUGCCACCUGGAGAUUGCCCGUGUCAUUUGGUGUUAAAAUGAUAAAAUACUGCUGGUUGUGGUGGUGAUUACCAAGAAAAGAAGAGGUAAGCAUGUAAUGGAUGGAGUUGAGUAAAUGAAGUAAUUAGUGUCUUGAAAGUUUGCUUGUGUUUUUUCCUUCUCUUCGAGGAGUUUUGAGAGCAAGAGACUUUGAUUUCUUUCACCGGCGCCACAUUUUUCCCCCCUUUUGUGAUAUCUGUUAUUUUUGUUUUGAAGGUAUAUUUGACUUUCGAGUCCAUUAGUUCAUGGUGUAUAUGUAUGUAUAUUAGAGUGCAAAAUUUGUACUCUCCUGAUUGGUUUGUUAGAGAACUAUAUAGUUAAGAAUAAAAGCCAUGAAUGGUUGCAGGAAGAACCUUUUAAUUCCUAAAA